AAAAAAUCCUUUAAUUUGCAAAGCCUAUAUUCUCAUGGAGAAUUUCUGAAAGGCUAAUUAAGUCCCAUGCUUCAGGCGUUUGCUACUGUUUCCAUUGCCACUGUAUGGGCACAUAAGUCCCAUGCUUCAGCUCGCGCAGAUUCUUCACUCAAAAGGGUUCUCCAUAACCAUGUUCCGAACCAAAUUAAAUCCCCUCAACCCUGAUGACUUCCCGAAUUUAACCUUCCACACUCUUUCUGAAGAUGGUCCAUCAGAUCAUGAUCAUGCAGCUGCUGAAUCUUCUCAUCAGCCAAUCCCUUAACGUUAUCUCAGAUCUUAAUUCCAAGUACGUGGAAUCUCUCGAGCGUGCUUUGUCCGAGUUCUUAUUAGAUGAUGAUGAUGAUCUCGAUCUUCAUCACACAAGAAGAGGUUCACAAGGCUCAGUUGCUUGUUUGAUAUCUGAUGCAUUCUUAUACUUCACAAGGGCAGUUGCGGAAAGGUUUAAUCUGCCUCGGUUUGUCCUGCGAACCGGCGGGUUCUCUUCCUUUCGGGUUUUUGCUGCCUUCACUCAUCUACAUCAAAAAGGUUAUCUCCCUGUUCAAGCUUCGAGACUGGAGGAGUCGAUUGAAGAGCUGCCUCCACUUAGGAUUAAAGAUCUUCCGGCGGCCAGCUCCCCUGAUCUGGAACUAAUGGUUGAGCUAGUGAGCGAUAUGGUGGAAGAAACAAAAGCUUCUUCAGGGCUAAUUUGGAACUCAUUUGAAGAGCUGGAACAGCCCGCAUUGGAAGAAAUGCGCCAGCUUUUUUCUAUACCAAUAUUCCCAAUCGGACCCUUUCACAAAUACUCCUCCCUAGCCUCUUCAACCUGCUUGAUCUCAAAGGACAGAAACUGCAUUCCCUGGUUAGACAAACAAGCUCCUAAGUCAGUGGUUUACGUCAGCUUCGGAAGCCUGGCAUUACUGAAGGAAAAAGAACUCCUGGAAAUAGCUUGGGGACUAUCAAACUGCAAGCACCCGUUUCUCUUGGUGAUCAUGCCUGGUCUAUUUGGAUUGGGCUCAGAAGCGGCGGACCCAUUGCCUAAAGGGAUCAUGGAGAAGUUAGAUGGGCGUGGGCUUGUUGUCCAAUGGGCACCACAAGACGAGGUGCUGGCCCACUGUUCAGUGGGAGCGUUUUUAACUCACAGUGGUUGGAACUCGACCUUAGAGAGUAUAAGUGAAGGAGUUCCCAUGAUUUGUAUGCCUCUUAUUUCUGAUCAAUUUGCGAAUGCAAAGUAUGUAAGCGAUGUUUGGCGAGUUGGAUUGCGACUGGAGAGUUUGGAUAGGGAAAAUGUGGAGAAGGCUGUGAAGAAGAUAAUGGAGGAAAAAGAAGGUGAAGAGAUUAGAGAGAGGAUUUUAGAGCUCAAAGAGAAGGCAACUCUUUGCCUGAAGCCAGGUGGUUCUUCAUAUGAAUCUUUCGAGAGCUUAGUCAACUACAUUUUAUCACCUUCAUAAGCUCUUUUACCACGUGUACAAUGCAUAAAUGAAAGCUUAGAUCGUUCUCCCUUCAUUCGAAAUAAGUGUAAUUCUACAAUUUACAUAUAAUGUAAAUUACUAUAAGAUUCUUAACUAACUUCAUUAAAACAAAU